AUACACACUUGUUGAAUUUAUUUAGUCUGGCUUCGUUAUCUCAGUGAGGGCCAAAGUGAUCAACUACUGCUGUGAAGUUAGCAACGAACGGACAGCAUCGGCGCAUGCGCGACCACGAAUGAAUGAAUUUGUACAGUAUGGUAUUGUUAGGUCUAAAUUUGCUUUGUUGGGAGCAUUGUAUCCGUUGCACUGUUUCACGGCAAACAGCUAACUGCGGCUGUAAAAUGUUUCACAAUGCAACGGAAACACAGCGCCCGACAAAGCCAAUAUCAUUGCCGCCAAGCAAAAAAAAUAUGGCACGUGAGAAAAUAUUUCUGCUAGGGCGAACUUUGACGAUGCUAGAACAGGCCACAUUUCUUCUGCAAACAGAAAUUAAUUUAUAAAAUCCAACAAUCCCAUAGUAGAAUAGUUUAUAUAUUUACUAAGUCAGCUAGUGUGUGCUGUGCGAGAUAAAUAUUAAUUGUGGGGCAUUCAAUGAGUGCCAUAGGGAAGGAAGGAAACAUGCAUUCUGAGUUACCCUAAAAGGCUGGCCUACAUAUAUUCACUUUUUAUGUAAGUUUUUUGAGACCUAUAGUUAAUCAUAAGGAUAAUAACUAGUUAAAAGAUAACAUUUGGGAUCUGGCUAAUGAUUAGCCCAAUAGUGUAAAUGCAGAUAGGCAACCCCAUGCUUCAGUAUAUUUGCAAUUUGCUUUAUCAGUUGGGCUACAGGUGUUAAUGUUUAUUGCUACUAGCGUACUGAUAAUAUGGACCAUAUUAGCAUAGGCUAUUUACAUUCUUAUAUAUUUUUUGGCAAGUCAGUUAAGAACAAAUUCUUAUUUACAAUGACAGCCUACACCGACCAAACCCAGACGACACAGGGCCAAUUGUGCGUUGCCCUAUGGGACUCCCAAUCACGUCCGGUUGUGAUACAGCCUGGAUUCGAACCAGCCCACGAUCUUGCUGAGCUGAAGCAUGAGUGUGAAGCCAGGGGUCUGGAUGUGAAGGGCAACAAAGUGGAACUGAUCACACGACUACAGGUUCAUCUAGAGGAGCAUGAGGAUGACAUGGGCCUAAAUGAAGAUGAUGUUCUGGGAGAAGAGCCAGAGUACCUCUCGAAAGAUGCGGAUGCCGUCACUGGGGAUAACGACGAGAAACCAGUAGCGGUGUCUGAGAAGGCUGAAAAGAAAGUGGUAAAAAUCACACCUCCAGUGUCUGUGGAUGAGAGGUUACAGAAAAGAGCAGACCGCUUCAAUGUCCCUGCCUCAGCUGACAGCAAGAAGGCCAUACGUGCUGCCCGGUUUGGUUUGCCCGCUGCUGCACCUCCAACUUCCACCACAGGUGUUACUGUGAAUAAAUCCACUCCAGUCAGCGUUGAACAGCUAAAAAAGCGAGCUGAACGAUUUGGCGGGAACGUUUCUUCAGUCUCCAAGAAGGUUGAGGAAGAUGAGAAGCUGAAGAAGCGGAAAGAAAGAUUUGGGAUCCUCACUGGUGCUGUUGCAACUGACGUUGAGGCAAAGAAACAGAAGCGUUCUGAACGAUUUGGAAAUGUGACAGUGUAAUUUGGUAUUUCUAAGUGAUGUUUUAUGCUUUUUAUUUUGUGUUGCAAACAUAACUGAAAUGUACUGUAUAUAGCUUGUCAAGUUGUAUUACAUUUGGUCAUUAAAGUAGUUUUCAAUUA